AAACUAAGGAAUAAAUACACAAUAUUACCAUUUGCAUUCUAUUAGUGGGAGCUACCCUACAUAUAUCUCUUUCAAUUUCCUAAAUUUAACACUGUUUAAUUAAGUGCUGAUAUCAAGGUUCCGGCUUCAGCUGAUUUUUGGAAAAAUUGGAAAUUGCGCUGAACUUGAAAGGAUAUAAUAUACUAUCCGUUCCCAUUCAACACCUUCGCGAAUUUCGCAUAAAUUCACCACCCCCAACCACACACACACCAGAGACACAUUGACAAUGUCGGCGUCACGCGCCAACACGCCACCUUCCGAGUCGGACGAGGCGACGUCACACAGCCACAACAAUAGUGGUGAUACAAAUCACAACAAAAAUUCAAAAUUGAAAUCAACACAAAACAGCGACGGCAGCUGCAGCGCCGAUAAACUAAACUCACCGGACCAAGAUAUAUACAUAAAUCAAGCCGAUGGCUUGCCCAGCCAACAUCCCACAUUACCCGAUGGCGAAGUGGACAGUGACAGCGAAAAGGAGGCCGUCGAUCCGGAUUCCUUCGACGACUUGCCCACAUCCAUAAUUGUGACCAAUAUACACUCGGAGGUGUUUACCAAUCCGGAACUGAAACAACAAAUGGAGGAGCUCUUUCGCACCUUCUGCGAUUCGGCGACCUUCCAGUGGUUACGUAGCUUCCGACGUUUGCGCGUCAACUAUGACAAUGCCAUAGCAGCGGCCAAUGCACGCAUCAAAUUGCAUCAGUAUGAGUUUAAUAAGAAGACGACGAUAACUUGCUACUUCGCGCAGCCCGUAACGCCAGUCUCGAAUAAGAAUCUCCAACCACCAGCGCCGGUCAAGCAAUUCCUAAUCUCACCACCCGCUUCACCGCCAGCCGGUUGGGAGCCACGCGAAGAGAACGAGCCGCUGGUGAAUCAUGAUCUCCUAGCGGCCUUGGCCAGUCUAACGCCAGGCGAGUCGCAUGAGCUGCAUCCGCAGAGCGAAGAUCAGCCGGGCAUUAUUGUGCACACGGCCAUGUUGCCGGAGGGUGCGGUGAGCGGACCCACCAUAGCGGGCGGCGCAAAACCGGCCAUUGUGCAGACCAAAUGUCCGGAGCGUGCGUAAAGGGUUACGACGGCGAGUUCCUGCGUUGGAUGUGCUGCUGCCGUGCCGCUGUGCUGUGCGGACGCACGAAUUAGUUCUAAGUACAAAGGCGAGUGCUGAGCACUUGAUUGAAAGUGAAACGCAGUUAAAGCGUAACUAUUUAGUUAAAUGCAAAUACAACUUUAGUACAGCAAAAAACUAAAAA